AUGCAAAAUGAUGGCGAAAAUAUUCACCCCCGAAGUCGUGAAGGACCCAUGCACAAUGGGUUGUCCGAUGAUCCCUACCUCCUUUCCGGGGACGAAGUUGUACGCCAAUUAUCUACCGACCCGGACAACGGGCUCUCUGAUGCAGAAGCUGCGACCAGAAUGACCAAAUUCGGGCUCAAUGAGCUCGAUACUGGUGCUGGCGUGAGCGUGGUUCGGAUUUUAUUACGACAGUUGUUCAAUGCAAUGGGUUUGGUGUGUUCCUCCACCACAUGAACUUUUUCCCAAUGGUUACUAUGCGAGGGGAGAGCUUUACUUACUCAUUUUGGCCCUAGGUUCUCAUAAUGGCUAUGGUUGUUUCCUUUGCUAUUCAAUCUUGGAUCGAGGCGGCCGUUAUUACUGCUGUUGUUAUCGUCAAUAUCGUUGUCGGCUUUUUGCAAGAAUAUAGUGCAGAGAAGACCAUGGAUUCGCUAAGGUCCCUAUCCUCGCCCACUGCAUCCGUUAUUCGCUCUGGCCAAUCCAAGACGGUUCGCUCGGUGGACAUUGUGCCCGGGGACGUUAUCGAAGUCAAAACAGGGGAUACCAUUCCCGCAGACGUCAGGCUCGUAGAGGCGAUGAAUAUGUCUUACCAUCUCCUAUUGGAUAAAAAGGUUUCUAGGCUAACUUCCUUUGCACAUUUUGAGACAGAUGAAGCACUUUUGACUGGAGAGUCAUUGCCGGUUGCUAAAGAUGCCAAUGCUACUUUCAAAGCGGGGCAGGAUACCGGGGUUGGCGACCGUAUCAAUAUGGCUUACUCGAGCUCUACUGUCUCCAAGGGCCGUGCCAAAGCGGUGGUUGUAACGACUGCUAUGCAAACUGAGAUUGGGAAAAUCGCUCAAUCCCUGCGCGGUGAUAAAUCGAGGGUUCGAAAGGUGCGCCGCGAUGAGGAGGGAAAUGCCGGGCUUCAUCGGUACCUACAGGCCUGUGCCCUAACAGUUAUGGACCAUGUCGGAAAAUUUCUGGGCGUUUCUGUGGGGACUCCUCUACAAAGAAAGCUUAGUUGGUUGGCCAUAUUCCUGUUUCUUAUCGCUGUCCUCUUCGCCAUAAUAUGCCUGGCGGCAAAUGGUUUCAGCGAUCGUCAGGAGGUCAUUCUCUAUGCUGUUGCGUAA